ACCGGAAGUGAGGAGAGUCAGUGAGAAGCGCGAGCCGGUUGUACAUUUACACACGUACAUACACGCGACGUCGACAGUCUAUUUCGCGCGCGACAAUUGAUUAAUCGGCAUUUCAGACUCCUGGAAUCGCGGAGACAAUUUCACGUGUACGAGUCUUCGAAAUAAACGUUUCCGUCACCCUCGCAUGCCAUAUACGUACAUAUACACACACACACGUGCGCGCGCGCGCGCUUGCGUCGUGCAUUAAUCGUGUCCUCGUCGUCGCAGUCGGUCUGCGGUUGCAUGGCGUCCUGCGUAGUGCGUAUGUGCGCUUGAACUCGACGGAGCCGUUCGUGCACGAGAAACCGGCACCCGCAUUCGUACAGCCACGUCCACGUCGCGAGUAGUUGGCCGCGACGAGAGCACGCCGCUAAUCGCUAUCGUGGCCAUGGGUAAGACGCCAAAGAAGGCGGCCCCUGGGGGCGAUGAGAGGAAUUUGUACGUUCGGAGGCUCAAGGCAACGACCGCGCCGUCGAAAGCUUCUGAAUCUAGCUUGCACGAGAGACAGCGCGAGUCCGAGAGUUUGAACAGGCCAAAACUGACUGGAGUGCAGAAAAAAGUACCAACUGGAUCAGGAAAGAAUUUUAAGAGCAAACUUCGUCCUCCAACAAAGGGACUUAAUCAGUCAUCAAAACAAUUAAAAUUAUCAAUGAAAAAUCCAGAAGCAAAGACUACAGACAUGCAGCUAGGAUCAGAAGAAGCUGAAGUUAAAUUGAACGUUUCAAUUCAAAAGGAAAAUAAGGAAGAGAAUGGUAACAAAGUUAUCGUAAUUGAAGAAUCUACUGUUGAAAAAGAAUAUGUUGAUCAUACAGAACAAACAUCAAGCAAAUUUCAAACUUCUACAAAGACUAUUCAGGAAGUUGCAUUUGUUGAAAGCAAAAUUAUUUCUCAAGAAAAAGGAAUCUCUACAGAAAAUGUCAACACUGAAACCAAAGAAUUUGAAGAGGAUAAUAAUAUGAAAUUGACAUUUGAGAAGAGUCCUGCAAAAAAUGGAGAAGAAAAAUUAAACGACAAACGACCAAAAGACGACAGUCUAGGAGAAGACCAAUUACAAGACCAACUGAAAAAUGGCAUAAAUGAAAAAGAAGAGAUACAAAGCGAAGUUCAAACAGACACGGAAAGUUAUUCAGUGGACAUUGUUGAAUCUACAACAUCGGAGCUAUCGGAAACAUCAGAAUCCAUUUCUCAGAAUGAUAUACAGAAGGAUAAAGAAAAAGUCGAUGAUAUUAACAAUGAGGCAUCUGUUUCUCAUAAUGCAUCUACAUUAAAAGAUCCAUACAUGCUAAAAGAUGUACAAGUUAUGCUUGUCAGAUCAGAUUGUGUGAAAGAUAAUUCAAAACUCUUUGACGUAAGUAAUACAGAAGGCACACCAAGUCAACCAUCAAAAGAUUUGUCAUUCGGCAAGACCUUAAGGAACAUCUCAGGAAGACAUUCGAUUGGUAGAAUGCGUCAUGUUACUUUGCGUGAGAGAAGGAUAUCACCAAAUAGCUCUCUUUUCGUAAAUACGUCUAACAUGUCGAUACCACAAGAUGACGAGACAGAACCUAAGAUCUUGCAUUAUAGUUUAUUAUCCGACAGUUUUCCUACAAAUGGUAGCCCAUUGGACAGGAAACGUAGAAUUGAGACAGCAAAUUGGGAUUCAUCAAAAAAACAGAAAACAGAUGAAGAGAAUAGUUCAUUAAAUAGAUCUAUAAAUCUAGUAAAAGGUUUUGUCAAACCUAUGCUGAUAUCCACACCAAAAGCCACACCUUAUAAGUUUGAAUCCACCAAGUUAGACAUUAGCGGGAUAAAGGAUGAUGACAAUAAGGUAACGACUGAAACAACUGAGAGUACAAAGAAAUGGUGUGUCAUCAUGUAAAUUUUCAUGAAAAAUUAUGUCAUACAAAAGAAAAAGAAAUUUUAUAUUUUCAAGAGGUGUAAUCAGAAGCAUUCAUGUAUAUCACUUUUUGAUAGCGGAUAUCCUUUCUAAUCAAUCAGUUAGAAAUAAUUAAAUUCGUAUUUCUUUACGUUUUAAAAUUUGCCAGAUAACAUGUGUUUUUAGAAAAAAAUUUCACUUUCUUCUUUAAUAGUAGAUAUAAUGUUUUUAAUAAUUAAAUUAGUUAAAUAUUGUAUUUCUCUCUACUGUAUAAAUUGUUAAAACUGUUAA